AUGUUACGCACUUCAUUACUUAUUUCAUCAUCUAUUGCUCGACGUUUAAUUGUUGCAAAUACUUCGACUAAUGUUCAAACAUCCUCAACAAUAAAAUCAGAAAAAAUUCCUCAAAUAAAAGUUGCACUAUGUAUACAACGUUAUGUGCAUUUAUCACCUGAAAUGAAUCAAUUAGAAAAAGAUUAUACAAAUUUAGUAGCACAAUUAGAAACUGAACAUAGUUAUUUAUCAGAUCAUGAAUUACGACAUAAAAGAGAAAUUGAACUCGCCAAACAACGACAAAAUUCACCAACAAGUACAGCUGCAGCAGUGAAUAUUGUUGAAACAGCUGUUGAUUUAGAAGAUCGUUUAGCAAAAGAAUUUGAAAAUUUUCAAUUGAUGUCAAGAGAAACAGAGGAUGAUAAAAAAAAUAAUCUUCGAAGUCAUAAUCGAAAACUUGAUCAAAAUUUAUUAUUAAUCGUACAACAAAAGAAUUCACAAUCGAAUAAAGAUGAAUGGAUUUUUCCAGAGAAAACCUAUGAUGGUGAACCAUCUUUACGAGCAACAGCUGAACAAAUUAUUUCAACAUGUGGAAAUCUUCAUGUACAAAUAUCUGGAAAUGCACCAUUAGCUUGGUAUAAAAAUGAUGCAGAUUCAUCGUCCAAAAAGAUUUUCUUUUACAAAGCUGAAUAUUUGGCAGGUGUUGUUAAACAAUUUGCUACUCUUAAAUCAUCACCUUAUAAAGAUCAUGCAUGGAUUAUCCAUGAAGAUCUUCCUAAAUAUUUGUCGCCAUCAUAUUAUAAAGCUGUGAAAGACAUGUUGUUUGUGUUUUAA